GAUUUUACACGAUAAAUUUCGCAAUUGCGUGUACGCCUGGUACAGUUGCAAUCAUGGCGGAUACAUCGAGAUUAAAAUCGACCAUCUAUGUGGGCGGUCUCGAUAAUGCGGUUACCACGCAAACCUUGCAUGCUGCCUUCCUGCCUUUCGGCGAAAUAGUCGAUAUUUCAUUACCAAAACCUGAAGCCUCUUCUUCACAUGAACCGCACCGGGGUUUUGGGUAUGUGGAAUUUGAAAUAUCAUCAGAUGCUAGGGAAGCCAUCGAUAAUAUGGACCAGAGCGAGCUCUACGGACGAGUGAUCAAAGUAGCCGCGGCAAAACCACAGAAAGAAAGCAAUGAGGGAUUAGGUAGCAAAUCUGCAAUAUGGGAGCAGGAGGGAUGGCUAGCCAAGCAUGCUGUGAGCGAAGAGGAUAAAGUAGCUGUCACGGGAUCUGGCGAUGAGGAAAGAGCACAAGAUCCCAUGCAGGGUCUGGAAGGUUUAGAUGUUGCUGGGCCUAAACCUGCAUGAUUGAGCAAACAAAAAUCACGGUCAACAUUUUCAGCAAUUGAAGAAAGGCGUUAAGGUAGAUAAUAUCGAGCGCGAACGCGAAUGAACUCGGCGCUCGGAGCAAAUUUGUGCAUUUGAUUAUGUAUAUUUAAUAAUCCGAGC